AUGCCGAAGCGCAAAUCCGCUCCAACCAAGACCAUGACCACGGCCGUGAGGUCGAAGAAGGCCAAGCUGCAAUCGGUAGAACACUACUCUGGAUCAACGAACAGUGGACCGUCCCCCGUUCAGCAAAACCUGAAAAAGCUCUUUGACAAGUAUCGAGAUGACCCAGCGAACGAACCUGACAGGAUUGGUCUUGAAGGCACCAUGGGAUACUUCGAAGCGCUGGGAAUAGGGCUCGACGAUGUAAUCUUCCUGGCUAUGUUCGACCUUUUAGAUGCCCCAGAGAUGGGCGUGCUCACCCGAGAAAGCUUUGUCAACAACUGGUCGAACGUGUCUACGCCGUCAAACCCGUGCGACAACGAAAAGAGCCAGAAGUUGUACAUUGAAACAUUGAGACAGAAACUGAAGUCCGAUCCAGCUUACUUCAGACAAGUCUACAAGGGGUCGUUCACAUACGCCAAACCAGCAGGUCAAAGAGUGGUACCGCUGGAAGACUCUUUCGCAUUCUGGGACAUGUUCUUUGGUGGCGGAAAGGGUGGGAUUCAAUGGAACAGUCCCACGACGAAGUGGUACGACCUGUGGCGCGAGUAUUAUGAGGGAAAGAACAAAAGACCUGUCAAUAAAGAUCUGUGGAACCAGGUUGCUGAACUGGUAGCCAAGACAAGAGAAGAAGGUGGUGAGACAUUAGGAUGGUGGUCGGAAGACGGAGCAUGGCCUACCGCAGUGGAUGACUUUGUGGCUUUCGUUAAGGAAAAGAGGGAGAAGGGUGGUGCUAUGGACACCACCUAG